AUGACCCUGCUCACGGUCAUAGUGGUCUGGCUAUACCUGUGGGGCGACUAUGGGGGCAUCUGGAGGCUACUACAUCUCGAUCCUCGAAACAUCCUCCGCGACGUCAUGCGCUCGAAGCUCAUGGGCUUCUUCCCUUCCAUCCUGUGGUCAAAAUAUCUCGAAGACUGCCAGAACAACAUCUUCAGCACUGGGGUCAUUACAACCGACCGUGGUCUGCGCCUUGUCACUCGCGUCCUGAUGAACCGAGCUUAUGAGUACGGCCAGGAGGACAUCACGACCGAGGCUAUCCAGGACAAGCUCGAGUACCUCUUCUCCACCCUUCCCCGGGUACAUAAAGAGAACCUGCCCUUCUACGGGGUGCGCUGUGGCCUCGUCUUCGGCGCUUUGGCAGCGCAUGAAUCAAACAUCCGUGAUCGGCGGUCUCGCAAGUUCCGGCUCGGUACAGCAGCAGUCACGGGUGCGUCCAGCACCGCGGCCAACGUCCCAUCCAUCAACGGUGUGCCCGUUGGCGCGAUCAUCGAGCCGGUAGCCACCGGCAUCCGAGGGACCCUUGUCGAGUCAUUCAGCCGAAGGCAGAAGCGCCUCGGGCGGGGCGUCACCCACGUCGAGUACAAGUUCCUGACGCAAGUGAUGGAGGAGGCGAACGACGGGCUGGUCGCGAGCUACAACGGCAGCGCACCUCGGGAUAAGGAGGGCAACCCCCUCCCCGCAUUCACUGGCCAGGGGAUCGUCAAGUUCAAGGAGGCCGCCUGGAAGGCGUUCAAACUCGUCAUGAACGACGAAACUUGCGAAAUGGGCAUCGAUCUUCCUCCAGAUGUGCUCAAGGUGGCGCCGGAGCGGGAGGCUGCUGUUCGCAUUUCGCCACUGGUGGACGACGACUCGCCGCCCCCUACGCCGCCUCCCAAGGUGUCGCCUCGCAUAUCAACUGACACCAACCCACAAAAGAUGGGACUGGUUGACGUGAUGCCAAGGAGGCCCCUCAGGACGAUGACCAUGUAG